AUGGCAUUUAACUUUCGGAGAAUACUUGGAAACAUCUUCAAUGGCUUCUCAGCCGAUUUUAAGAAAAAGAACUUUUCUUUAUAUGGACAAUGGAUUGGACUCCUCACAAUAUUUUUAGCGAUCGCUUUGGGAAUUGCUAACAUCUUUCAUGCGUCUUUGGUUAUAAUUUUCUCAAUUAUAUGUAUUGUGGAGGGAUUGGUGGUUGUUUUCGUGGAGAUUCCAUUUUUGUUGAAGAUCUGUCCACUCACAGACAAGUUCACCAAGUUCAUUAGCAACUUCGAUGAAAAUUGGCCGAGAUGUGGGUUCUAUCUCUUAUUGAGUGCCAUUCAGUGGCUCUCGUUAACCGUACAGGCUACUAGUUUGAUCGUUGUUGCGGUAUUCUUUCUCUUAGCUAGUGCAUGCUACUUGUUAGCAGCUUUGACGCAUCAAGAUUUUUUGAAGACUUCAAUUAAUGUCUCUGGAGAGGGAGAUACUAUCGAAGACCAAGUGGGGACACAUGCUGUGAGAAACUUUCUUUGA